GUAGAUGUGAGGGAUAAUUGCAACUGGUGAGAGAAGCCCUCCACUGGGCCCCUCCAUCCCAGCCCUCCCUUACACCAACAUUCCCCACAGCCAGCAUGUUCUCCUCCAACUUUCUGGGUGGGGGGAAUCCUCUAAGUGCGAUGUCCUCUGCUGUGAACAAGUUCAGUCUUUUUGGGGAUGAGGCAACCGAGGAAAAGCAACAACAGCAGCCUCCAGAUCCUUCAAAGGAACAGCAGGGGAACGGCCAACCAGCCUCACAGGGACCUCAGAGGCAAAGUGGACAGCAGCUGCAGGGUGUUGGACGGGGAGCCCAAGGAGCUGGACGUGGUGGACCUCAACCACAAGGAGCUGGAAGUGGUGGACCUCAACCACAAGGAGCUGGACGUGGUGGACCUCAACCACAAGGAGCUGGAAGAGGUGGACCUCAACCACAAGGAGCUGGACGUGGUGGACCUCAACCACAAGGAGCUGGAAGAGGUGGACCUCAACCACAAGGAGCUGGACGUGGUGGACCUCAACCACAAGGAGGUGGACGGGGAGGAUCUCAACCACAAGGAACUGGACUUGGUGGAACUCAAGCACAAGGAGCUGGACGGGGAGGAUCUCAACCACAAGGAGCUGGACGUGGUGGAUCUCAACCACAAGGAGCUGGUAGAGGUCUCCCACAGCAGGGAGUGGGGAGGGGGGGAUUGUCACAAGGAGCAGGUGGGGAUGGAUCUCCUAAGCAGGGUGUUGGGAAGGUUGGACCUCAACAACAAGGCCCAAGAGGACCCGGGUCUCAUCCAGCAGGUGCACCUGGAUCAAGGCCUCCUUCAGCAGAGCCUCAGGGGAAAGAUGGUGCUGGGGUGAAAUCCCUCUGUCCAGUCUGUAAAAAUACAGAACUCAGUUUUAAGUCCAAGGAUUCUCCCAACCAUAACACCUGCACACAAUGUAAAUCAGUGGUCUGCAACAUGUGUGGGUUCAGUCCUCCAGAUGCAACUGCUAAGGAGUGGCUUUGCCUGAAUUGCCAGAUGCAGAGAGCUCUGGGAGGGGCAGAAAGUGUUGAACCUCCAACGCUAAAAGCCCAGCCACAGUCCAAGGUCUCCGUUCCAUCACAGAACCCCGCAAAGAAAGACACACCUCAUGGUAAGCAGAUGCCUCCAUCUGCCAGCCAGCCAACCAAACCAACAGACGGCCAGAAACCGUCAAGCCAGUCUAAAACAAGUGCAGCUCAUCCAUCGCCGCAGACGUCACAACAAAAGCUUCUUCCACAGCAGGCAACAAAAGAUGCUCCUCCUGCCAAAAGUGAGCCACCAUCAAAGACUGAGCCCCCUAAAAAAGAAGAAGAGUCCAGUUUCUUUGGCUUUGGUUUUGGUGGCGCUCGGUCCCGCUCUCCCUCUCCACAGCCUGGUGCCUCUACUGUUUCUGGGAAGGUUCUAGGCUUCGGUUCUUCGUUCCUUAGUUCUGCAUCCAAUUUGAUUUCGGCUGUCCAGGAUGAGCCCUCGACAACUCCACCAACCUCUCGAAAGGGUUCUGCCGUUUCCCAAACUUCUGCCAAGACCACCACACCCCCUCCUACCAGAAAAGAUUCAGAGGGCUCUAAGGGCUCCCCCAAUGUUCCUAAAUCACAGACACUCGAAGGAAAAAAGCAACAGCAACAAAAUAAGCCCCAAGACACUCAAAAACCAAUGACAAAGGAAUCCUCAUCUGCUCAGGCUACUAAAAUAGAUCAGAGCCCGAAACUUCUUCCCAAAGCCUGUCCACUCUGCAAGGCAGGCCUGAGAAGAGAUCCCCCCAACUAUAGUACUUGCACUGAAUGCAAGGCCACUGUGUGCAAUCAGUGUGGAUUUAAUCCUGUGCCUCAUCAAACGGAGGCAAAAGAAUGGCUUUGCUUAAACUGCCAGACACAGAGAGCGCUGAAAGGAAUAGAGCCUCCAGGACAACCCACUGUAAAUCCUAGCAAAUCUCAAAAAAUGGAUUCUACUCAUGGUCUUUUAGAGAAACAGCCCAAUACUUUGCCAACAAAGGCUGGUCAUGCCAACCAACCUGUUGCUCAGAAAAAGGAGAUGCAUGAACAACAGACUAGUGCAGAAGGAGCAAAGCAAGCUCCCUCCCCUAAACUUUUACCGCAGCCAACAGCAAAAAAUGCUCCCUCAUCUCCCAUGUCUAAAGCAGCACCAAAGGCUGAGACUGAGCAAGAACAGUCAGGAUUUUUCAGCUUAGGCUUUGGUGGAGCCCGGUCACGAUCACCAUCCCCUCAGCCUGCUGUUUCCGCCAUGUCUGGUAAGGUCCUAGGAUUUGGGUCCUCAUUUCUGAGCUCAGCAUCUAGUCUUAUAUCAUCAUCAAGUUCAUCAGCAGAUGAACCAUCUACGACACCACCAACUAAUCCCCAAGCAUCUUCAGUCUCUCAAACUUCUCCCAAGACCACUACUCCACCAACGUCUUUGAAAGGCUCCACAACAUCACAAGGGGCUGCAAUAUCAGAGAAAGGAAAGGCUAAUGAAUCAGUUCAUAAAGAAGAGAAAAAGACAGAGCCAACUGCUGACCAAAACAACAAAGCACCAAUAUCUAAAAAAUCUGAACCUUCUUCACAGAUGCCAAAAACAGUCAAAGGCCCGCAACCCCCACCCAAAUCCUGCCCGCUCUGCAAGGUAGAAAUAAAAAAGGACCUAGUCAACUACAGCACCUGUACUGAGUGCAAAAACACUGUGUGUAAUCUCUGUGGAUUCAACCCAACACCCCACCAAACAGAGUUGAAAGAGUGGCUUUGUCUAAACUGUCAGACACAAAGAGCUCUCAAAGGAAUGGAGCCACCAGGACCUCCAAAGUUAGAGUCCACAGAACAGCCCAACAAAAACUUUGUUUCUCAACCCCUGGCUUCACCCUCAAUCCAAAAGAAAGGUGCUUCUGAAUUGAACAAGUUUGACAAGAAAACUGACCCUGCUCAGAAAUCAUCACAGGACCAACAAAACAAGGCUCUGAAUGGUACUCUGCCAAUCCAAAAAGCCCAGCAGCAAGAAAAUAAAGCCAAAUCUGAAGUUCCUGCCAAAACAGCUAAGGAAGAAUCUGGAUUUUUUGGUUUUGGAGGUGUUAGGUCAAGGUCUCCAUCUCCUCAGCCUGCUGUGUCUGCUGUUUCUGGGAAGGUUCUUGGCUUUGGCUCAUCCUUUCUCAGCUCAGCAUCUAAUUUAAUAUCUUCAGCUGUGCAAGAUGAGAUAUCUACAACACCACCAACCUCCCGCAAAGCUUCAACAGUUUCCCAGAGCUCAACACCACCCACGUCUCGAAAGAGCCCUGCUGGUCCACAGACCACAAACACAGGGGACAUAAAACAACCUACCACACGAAAACAAGACACAAAGAUAUCUGAGUCACUUAAUCUAGCCAGCAAAUCUUCUGUUAAAUCAAAACCAGACCAAUCAGUGUCUGUAGAAGUUGAUAAAACUCCCUUGCCACUUCCCAAAAUCUGUCCACUUUGCAAGGCAGGUAUUACCAGUGAUCCUCCUAACUUCAGCACCUGCACUGAUUGCAAAAACGUUGUGUGUAACCGUUGUGGAUUUAACCCAGUGCCUCUUCAAAAUGAGGUGAAGGAAUGGCUUUGUUUGAGUUGCCAUAUAAAGAGAACACAUGAGCCUUCAACUCUAAAUCCCCAGGUACAGGCUAAUACUAACUCGCAUCAAGACAAAACAGCUCCAUAUCAGCCUCAUCAAGUAGAAAGUAGAACUGAGGACAAGUCAAAAACAGUACUUGGAAAAUCCACUUCUACAUCUGCAACACAAGAUCCUCCAAAGGAAAAAACACCCACACAAAAUGAAACUCUAAAACCUCAACAGCCAAAAGAUGGUACUGCUUUAGCCAAAUCGGAAACUACAACAAAAAAAGAUUCUUCUAAAGAAGAUACUGGUUUCUUUGGCUUUGGUUUUAGUAGUGCUCGAUCUCGAUCCCCUUCGCCUCAACCUGUUGUAACUGAGAAGGUUGUAGGCUUUGGUUCGUCCUUUCUCAGCUCAGCAUCUAAUCUUAUAUCUUCAGUAGUUCAGGAUGAAUCCUCCACAACACCACCAACACCUCGUAAAGGUUCAACAAUAUCCCAGACCUCUGUGAAGUCUAUGACUCCACCCGUCUCUCGUAAGGGUUCGUCAGUUACACAGACCUCUCCCAAAACCACAUCUGCGGUUGAAACAGCGUCUUCAUCUCGCAAGGAAUCUUCAGCAUCUCAGGACUCAACAAAAAUGCAGGCUGGGGAAAGUAAACCUCUUUCUCAAAAGCAACUGGAAGACAAGAAGUCCCUGCAACCUCAACCUUUCAAAGCACCAUCUACACCUUCAUCAAAGCCUCAACAAGCUAAUAAGUCCUCUCAGUCUCAUCCUAAAGAAUGCCCACUUUGCAAAGUGGAGCUCAAGAAAGAUCCUCCUAAUUUCAACACCUGCACUGAUUGCAAGAGCAUUGUAUGCACAUUAUGUGGGUUUAAUCCCAUGCCUCAUCAAACCGAGGCAAAGGAGUGGGUUUGCUUGACCUGUCAAGUGCAGCGGGCAUCAAUGCCUUCCAAUGCAGAGCAAGCUCAAGCUAAGAAAGUCGACCAAGUGCCAAAGGAGCAGCAAGAUGUUCUAGAAUCCAUGCAGAAGAAACAAAACGCAGAGGAAGCCACCAAUACUGGUCAAAAAAUAGCUGUAGUUGGGGGAAAGAAGCCCACUGAUGUUUCACCACAACAGCUAAAUGAACCUAAGACCUCACAGCACAUGAAAUUGGACGAUUCUCAAGAAAAACAAACCAAACUACAACCAAAGGCUCAACCUCAUCAAGAGGAGUCUGGAUUUUUUGGUUUUGGCUUUGGUGGGGCCCGAUCCAGGCCUCCUUCACCUCAGCCUGCUGUUUCUGCUGUGCCUGGGAAAGUUUUAGGCUUUGGUUCAUCCUUCCUUAGCACAGCCUCUAAUCUGUUAUCAUCAGCUGUUCAAGAUGAACCUUCCACAACACCACCAACCUCCCGCAAAGGUUCAUCAGUUUCAGAAACCACAGCUCCCCCCUCCCCCCGUAAAGGCUCUCAGUCAUUGUCCAACAGCAGCACUUCAUCUAGCUUACAAAAAGGUUCUGAGACCAUGCAAGGUUCUCCGAAAGCCUUAAGUAGUAAAGAUACUAAACAUUCAAUUGGACAGAAACAAGAGCAGACAGCGUUACUUCAAAAGGCCGAGGAGUCAUCAAAUAAAGUGAAAGAGGUUAAAUCAGAGACACCAAAGGAUUUAUCCAAGCCUCUUCCCAAGGUCUGCCCACUUUGCAAGGUGGAGCUCAGGAAAGAUCAAUGCAACAGCUGCACUGAAUGCAAAAAUAUUGUAUGUAACUUGUGUGGGUUCAACCCCAUUCCCCAUCAAAACGAGAAAGCACCAGAACCUCCUCCUGUGCAGCUUCAGUCACAUGCUAAGGAAUUUGAACCAGUUAGAAUGGAUAUUCCCACUUCAGAUGCUUCACAGAAAAAGCCACAUCCUCCAGCAGAUACAGUUCAAAAGGAUAAGAAACCAGAAUUAGCAAAGAAACAAGACAAGAAGCAAACUUCAAAAGAAACAGAACAACCCAGCCAAGAAACAAAAAGAAAGCAACAGCAUACUGCAGAAGUUACAAAUUCAGAAUCUCAAAAAAUAGAUCCGCAACAAGACAAAUCUGGAUUAUUUGGAUUUGGUUUUGGUGGAGCUAGAUCUCGAUCCCCUUCUCCUCAGCCUUCUGUCUCCGCUGUCUCAGGGAAGGUUCUAGGAUUUGGUUCCUCCUUCUUAAGCUCAGCAUCUAAUUUAAUCUCAACAGCUGUUCAAGAUGAAUCCUUCACAUCACCGUCUAGUUCUCGCAAAGCUUCAACAGCUUCUCAAAUUUCUGAUAAGACACCACCAACCUCUCGCAAAGGUUCUGCAGUUUCUCAAAUGUUCAGUAAAAUGAAUACCAGUCCACCUUCCUCACGAAAGGGGUCUGAAGCUGCUGAAAGCUCUAAAAACAAUCUUGACAAUACAGAUGGGAAAAAAAAUAAGGUUGUAGAGAAAGGUGAAGAAGCCACUAAAGGAGCUACACCACAGCAACAAGAACAAGGAGAGAUGGAAGAUGAAGCUGUAUCUGUGUCCUCUGAAGUGUCUAGAGGUAGAUCUCAAUCUCCUAUACUUCCACCUGCUGCAUCUGCUGUCUCUGGGAAGGUCCUAGGAUUUGGUUCCUCCUUUUUUAGCUCGGCAAGUAAUCUGAUUUCAUCAGCUCUAGAUGAGCCUUCAACAACACCACCCACUUCUCGCAAAGGUUCCACAGCUUCCCAGCUAUCUGCUAAGACUACAACACCACCUUCUUAUCGUAAAAGCUCAUCUGUUUCCCAGACUUCAGACAAGAACAUCACUUCACCUUCCUCACGAAAGGGCUCUGAAGUUUCUCUGACAUCUCUCAAGACCAGCAAACUUACCACUUCCCAAAAAGUAUCUGAUGCCUCUCCUAAAAUGCAUCAUUCAGAUGACAAAAAAGUUAAUCCUGAAAAUAUAGAAGAUCACAAAACAGAUGAGAAAUCUAUGGUCAGUCUAGCACAGUCAACAACUGUAUCAGUAACAAAAGAAACAGCUGUAACUGAAACAACAAGUACAGAGUCCACUAAAUCACUUCCCAAAGCCUGUCCUCUCUGUACAGUCGAUUUGCAGAAGGAGCCUCCCAAUUAUGAUACCUGCACCGCGUGCAAAAACACCGUGUGUAAUCUAUGUGGCUUUAACCCUAUGCCGCACGAGACAGAGAAAAAGGAGUGGCUAUGUCUGAACUGCCAGAUGCAAAGAGCGCAAGCUGAGGCUCACAAAGUACCUCCACCGGUAUCACCACUAAAAAAAGUGACACCAGCUCCUGUUCCUCCACAGAAGAAACCACUUCAUGACUCCAUAGAUGCCACUGAAAAAGAAAAGACUGGUCUAUCUGCAGGAACAACACCAGGGUCUACUAAGGAAAGUUCAGUUCCAUCAACACAGAAUCCACCUCAGCAGCAGGACAUCAAAAGCCCAGUACAGCCAGCACAGAAGGACGAUGAUGUAUUCACAAAAUCUACUGCACUGACAAAGACUGCAUCCACAAAAGAAGAGAGUGGCUUUUUUGGUUUUGGACGCUCUAGAUCACCAUCUCCCCAACCUUCUGCUCCUAGUGUUUCUGGAAAGGUAUUUGGAUUUGGUUCUUCCCUCUUGAGUUCAGCUUCUAAUCUUAUAUCCUCUUCUGUACAAGAUGAAACAUCCACACCUUUUGCAACACAGGGGGUUUCAGCAGCUUCUCAAACUCCUGUGAAGACUACAUUAACACCAGCUACUUCUCAGAAAGGAUCAGCUGAUUUGUCACCUAAACAUGUAGCUAAAUCUGUGGAAGAGAAGCAGAAAGGCCAGAAACCAGAAGAUAAAAUGACAAAAGUUCAGGAAAAAGCUGUAAUGAAAAAGAAUGACGACAAAUCAGAGCCUCCGAAAACUUGUCCACUUUGUAAGACAGAAAUAAUUAAGAAUCCAGCAAGUUACAACACUUGUACUAAUUGCAAGAGCACUGUGUGUAAUCUCUGUGGAUUCAACCCAAUGCCACACCAAACCGAGGUGAAGGAGUGGCUGUGUUUGAACUGCCAGAUGCAGAAAACUCCCGAAAGUUCAGUUGUGCAACCUGGACCACAGACUACUAAAUUACUUCCAACUGCAUCACCACAAAAACAAAGCAUUCCGGGUGUUGUUGCAGAGGAUCAGAAACUUAAUGCUUCUGGGAAACACGACAACCAGAAUCUGUCAGAUUCAAAACAACCUACAUUAGAAUCUCAAAUGCAGAAAAGUGAUAUCCUUCCUGCCAAAUCUGAUCAACCAUCGAAAUCUGAACCUCCUAAACAGGAUUCCGAUUUCUUCAGCUUCGGUUUUGGUGGUUCUCAUUCAAGGUCACCAUCUCCUCAGCCCACUGUGUCUGCCGUCUCUGGGAAAGUUCUAGGCUUCGGCUCAUCAUUCCUUAGCUCAGCAUCCAAUCUGAUAUCCUCAGCUGUCCAGGAUGAACCUUCUAAAACUCCACCAACAUCUCGCAAAGGGUCUACAGUUUCCCAGACUUCACACAAGACCACACCAACACCCCCCACUUCUCGAAAAGGAUCAGUAGCUCCCCAGAAUACUAAACUAAAUCCACCUGCAGUGGAAUCAAAGCCAACCUCUACACCAAACAAAGAACAGGAAAAGCCACCAGAUGCUCAAACUUCCAAACCUCUACAAGUUCAAGUAAAAGAGGAGCCUCCAAAAAUCUGUCCACUCUGCAAAGAGACCCUCAAGAAGGACCCACAGAACUACAGCUCUUGCACGUCUUGCAAGAACAUUGUUUGCAAUCUUUGUGGAUUUAAUCCAAAUCCACAUCGAACUGAAGCAGAAGAGUGGCUGUGUUUGACCUGCCAGAUGCAGAGAACUGCAGGACCUCCCACUGGUCAGCCACAACCACAAUCUAAAAAAACUAUUCCACAAGCAUUUCCACAAAAAGAAUCAACUUCAGUCUCACCUUCUCCAGAGAAGAAGUCAAGUGUUAUAGCUGAGGCAGGCAAGAAAGAGUUUGAUUCUUCCAAUUCUGCUUUACCAUCCAAAGAUGAACAGAUUAAAGAAGAGUCAAGUUUCUUUGGCUUUGGUUUUGGCGGUGCUCGUUCCCGGUCUCCUUCUCCUCAAACUGCUGUCUCUGAUAAGGUUUUUGGUUUUGGGUCCUCCUUCCUCAGCUCAGCAUCUAACCUGAUCUCUUCGGCUGGUCAGGAUGCAUCCUCCUCCAAAACUCCACCAACAUCUCGCAAGGGAUCUACAAUUUCCCAGACUUCAAAUAAGACUACACCAACACCACCCACUUCUCGGAAGGGAUCAGUUGCUCACCAGGAAGCUAUACAAAAACUACCAGAAAGCAAAUCAAAGCCAGCUGCUAUAUCAAUGCAAGAACAAAAGCCAGUAGAGAAAACCCCAGAUCCUCAACUGGCCAAGCCACCACAUGCUCCAGAGGAGUUUUCAAAAAAUUGUCCACUUUGCAAAGAAACCCUUAGGAAGGACCCACAGAACUAUAACUCAUGUAGUUCUUGCAAGAAAUUUGUUUGUAAUCUCUGUGGAUUCAAUCCCAAUCCACAUCAAACCGAGGUGAAGGAGUGGCUAUGCUUGAACUGCCAGGUAAACAGAACUUCAGGACCCUCUCCUUCUCAGCCACAAUCACAAUCUAACAAAAUACAACCAGCAUCUCCACAAAAGAAAGUGACCCCAGAUCAACCUUCUCCAGAAAAUAAGCAGAGUGAUCUUGCCAAGCAGGACAAGAAACCUACAGCAGAAGCUAAACAACCUACAAUUACUCCUGAAUCAAAUGCUCAAAAGUCUAAAGGUGAUGAAUCUCCUUCCAAACCUGCUCUGUCAUAUAAAGUUGAACAGAAUAAGAAAGAGUCUGGUUUCUUUGGCUUUGGAGGUGCUCAAUCUCGGCCACCUUCUCCUCAAUCUGCUGUCUCUGAGAAAGUUCUGGGUUUUGGGUCCUCCUUCCUCAGUUCAGCAUCUAAUCUGAUAUCUUCAGCCGUUAAGGAUGAGUCGUCCACCAAAACUCCACCAAGUUCUCGUAAGGGAUCCACUGUGUCCCAAAGUUCUAUUAAGACAACACCAACACCUCCAAUUUCUAGAAAAGGUUCAGAAGCUUCACAAGCCUCACAAAAAAAUAAACUGGCAGAAGAGGCCAAACGUACUGCUGUACAGAAACAGGAUGAAAAAAUGAAGACAGUGGAGAAUAAACCACAAGAUGAAAUUUCCAAAGAAGCAGUCACUAAUGUGAAGAUUAACGAACCAGCCCUGGAGCUUCCAAAAGCCUGUCCACUCUGUAAAAUGGACUUAAAGAGGGAUCCUCCAAAUUAUAACACCUGCACUGAAUGCAAGAACACGGUGUGCAAUCUUUGUGGAUUUAAUCCCAUGCCACAUCAAAAUGAGGUUAAGGAAUGGCUGUGUUUGAACUGCCAGGAAAAGAAAGCACAAGGAUUCUCCUCUACCCAACCACAGCCCCAGGUUAGCAAAGCAUCUCAACCAACAAUGCCAGAAAAAAAGGAGGCUAUCAUACCUACUCCAAUGUCAGUUUCUCCACAAAAUACGCUAGAUGUCAUUGAGAAGAAAAUUACAUCAAUUGCUACAAAGAAUCAAGAGAACAAACCCAUAGAAUCUGCAACACAACCAACUGAAAUGCCAAAACUUGAUCCUUCUACUACAAAAUCUGCUGUACCACAGAAACCAGAACCUUCUAAAGAGGACACAGGUUUCUUUAGUUUUGGUUUUGGUGCUCGAUCUGAAUCCCCUCAGCCAUCUGGUACUGUUGUCCCUGGGAAGGUUCUGGGCUUUGGAUCCUCCUUUUUGAACUCUGCAUCUAAUCUAAUGUCCUCAGCUGUUCAAGAUGAGUCCUCAAAAAUGACAUCAACUACACAAAAGGCUUCAACAUCUGAAACAUCUGCAAAGACUGCACUACCACCCACUUAUUUGAAGGGAUCUAUAACUUCUGAAAAAGUUCCACCUAAUGUUGACUCAAAAGCACCUGUAACAGAAAAACCAAAGGAGGAAAAAACAGAUGAGAAGCAGGUGCAACCGGCUACAGCAGAACCUGAAGCUUUGGUAGUAGCAGCUGUAGCUCCUAAUGCAGAGACCAAAACAUGUCCUCUUUGCAAAGUGGAUCUUAAUGUUGGUUCACAGGACACCCCUAACUACAAUGCCUGCACUGAGUGCAAGAACUUAGUUUGUAACCUCUGUGGAUUCAACCCAACUCCCCAUCAAACAGAGGCCAAUGAAUGGCUGUGUCUUAACUGCCAGACACAGCGAGCAUUAAAAGGAAUGGAACCAAAAGAACCUUAUAAAAUAAAGACCAAUGAACAACUUGACAAUGUCUAUACCACAGCACUGCAUCCAAGACCAGAAAGUACAGUUGCUGAAACCCAAAAGAAAGAGAUUCAAGCUGUGGCCAUCCCUGACAAAACUAAAAGCUCUGUUUCAGUGAAUGUCCAAAAGAAAGAAUCACCAAAACUACCAGAGAGUAACGUAAAGGCACAACCUGCAUCCUCUCAGAAAGAAGAAACAUCAGAUCCAAAGAAAGAUAAAGAGACUGACACACUGUUAAAAGAGUCUGACAAGUCUCCCAAAAAAUCUGAUCCAGCUCCGCAGGCAGAACCACCAAAACAGGAACAGAGUUUCUUUGGUUUUGGAUUUGGUGGUCCUAAGGUUCAACCUGCUUCCAGUAAGCCAUCUGAGUCAACCACUGGGAAACUCUUUGGUUUUGGUGGUCUGACAGAAACAGCUAGAUCUCGCUCACCUUCUCCACAGUCUGUUUCUGCUGUGUCUGGGAGAGUUCUGGGAUUUGGAUCCUCUAUAUUCAGCUCAGCUUCUAAUUUGAUUAGCUCUGCUGUUCAGGAUGAGCCUUCCACAACACCACCAACUUCUCGAAAAGGAUCCAUAGCUUCCCAGAUGUCUGCUAGGUCUACUCCACCCUCAUCGCGCAAAGGAUCUGCAGUCGCACAAGACACUAGUAAAAUUUCACCUGUUGGAGACACUAAACCACAUGCAGUACAAGAUGCAGUAAAAACAGUGGAGAAGAAACCAGAAACUAAGCAAGUCACAGCACCCAAAUCACCCCAAAAACCUGAUCCUAAAGAAGUCAAGACCAAUUGCCCAUUAUGCAAAGUGGAACUCAACAUUGGUUCUGAGGAUGCCAAUAAUUUUAACACUUGCACUGAAUGCAAGACAACAGUAUGCAGCCAAUGUGGAUUUAAUCCACUGCCUAAUCAAACAGAGGUUGAGGAAUGGCUCUGCCUAAGUUGCCAGGUACAACGGGCGCAGGCAGGAAUAAAUAUGUCUGAAAGUCCUAUAGUGAUGCCUCAGCCAGUUCCCUUAGUGAUGGACAACCAAGUUCCUUCCAAAGUUGACAAGGUAGCUACAGCACCAGUUAAGAAACCUGAUGAGAAGCCCACCACAGCUGCAGCUGAAAAGAAAGCAGCUCCCGCUCAGGAAAUAAAGAAAGAUAUCUCAAUUCCAGGCACUGAUGCCAAGACAACUGAUAUAAUCAUCCCUAGAAAAGAACCUCAAAAUCAAAGUAAUAAUCAACCAGAACCUGUGAAAACAGAACAACAGCCACUCAAAGACACAACCACUCCUGUAAAAUCUGCUCCACCCACCGAGGUCAAACCCCCAAAACAGGAAUCAAAUUUCUUUGGUUUUGGAUUAGGUGGUCCUAAAGCACAGCCUGCUACUAAAUCAUCUGAGUCAACCACAGGGAAGAUCUUCGGUGGCUUUGGUGGUCUGACAGAAACAGCUAGAUCUCGCUCACCUUCUCCACAGUCUGUUUCUGCUGUGUCUGGGAGAGUUCUGGGAUUUGGAUCCUCUAUAUUCAGCUCAGCUUCUAAUUUGAUUAGCUCUGCUGUUCAGGAUGAGCCUUCCACAACACCACCAACUUCUCGAAAAGGAUCCAUAGCUUCCCAGAUGUCUGCUAGGUCUACUCCACCCUCAUCUCGCAAAGGAUCUGCAGUCAAUCAAGACACUAGUAAAAUUCCACCUGUUGGAGACACUAAACCACAUGCAGCACAAGAUGCAGUAAAAACAGUGGAGAAGAAACCAGAAACUAAGCAAGUCACAGCACCCAAAUCGCCCCAAAAACCUGAUCCUAAAGAAGUCAAGACCAAUUGCCCAUUAUGCAAAGUGGAACUCAACAUUGGUUCUGAGGAUGCCAAGAAUUUUAACACAUGCACUGAAUGCAAGACAACAGUAUGCAGCCAAUGUGGAUUUAAUCCACUGCCUAAUCAAACAGAGGUUGAGGAAUGGCUCUGCUUAAGUUGCCAGGUACAACGGGCGCAGGCAGGAAUAAAUGCAUCUGAAAGUCCCAUAGUGAUACCUCAGCCAGUUCCCUUAGUGAUGGACAACCAAACUCCUUCCAAAGUUGACAAGGUAGCUACAGCACCAGUCAAGAAACCUGAUGAGAAGCCCACCACAGCCGCAGCUGAAAAGAAAGCAGCUCCCGCUCAGGAAAUAAAGAAAGAGAUCUCAAUUCCAGGCACUGAUGCCAAGACAACUGAUAUAAUCAUCCCUAGAAAAGAACCUCAAAAUCAAAGUAAUAAUCAACCAGAACCUGUGAAAACAGAACAACAGCCACUCAAAGAUACAAUCACUCCUGUAAAAUCUGCUCCAUCCACCGAGGUCAAACCCCCAAAACAGGAAUCAAAUUUCUUUGGUUUUGGAUUAGGUGGUCCUAAAGCACAGCCUGCUACUAAAUCAUCUGAGUCAACCACAGGGAAGAUCUUCGGUGGCUUUGGUGGUCUGACAGAAACGGCUAGAUCUCGGUCACCCUCACCACAGUCAGUUUCUGCUGUGUCUGGGAAAGUUAUGGGCUUUGGAUCCUCAUUUUUUAGCUCAGCAUCAAAUUUGAUCUCUUCAGCUGUUCAAGAUGAGCCAUCCACAACACCACCAACUUCACGGAAAGGCUCCACGGUUUCCACUGAGUCUGGUAAAACUGCCACACAACCAGCUUCACGUAAAGGCUCAGUGGCUUCUGCCAAGAUUACACCGCCGACAUCUCGCAAAGGAUCUGUUGCAACAGAACCUAACAAGAUACCUCCUGUAAAACAGACCAAUCCACCUGUUAAAAAGAAACCAGAGCAGCUCAAUGAAGACAAAGUAUCUGGGAUACCUACUUCAGAAAAGGAUAUACCUGAAACUAUAGAGGAUAAAUUUGUAAAACGUCCUGAAAGUGUACCUCACCAAUCCACCUGCCCGCUCUGUAAAGUGGAUCUUAACAUGGGCUCACAGGACCCUCCUAAUUACAACACCUGCACUGAAUGCAAAAGUGUGGUAUGUCAUCUCUGUGGAUUUAACCCCAUGCCUCACCUUGCGGAGGCUGAGUGGUUGUGUUUGAAUUGUCAAACACAGAGAGCUAUAGCUGGGCAGCUGGGAGACAUGGGGAAAAUAUCAAUACCUGGCCCUGUAUCCACAAAAGACAAGCCUACAUUAACACCCAAAACACAGCUCUCCGAGACUCCUGCACCUUCACAGGAACCUACUCUAAAGACAAAACCAUCUCCUGGAAAGCAGGCAGAGGAGAAAACCACCCCUACUACUGUUGAAAACUCAGCUGUGACCGAUCCAGCAGUCCCUGCACCUCUCUCUGUUGUUCCAACCACAGAUAAGAUACCAGCUGCAGAGUCUCAGAAAGCUGUUAUUACUGCUGCUGAGGUCAAUUUGAAAGAAACUGGCAAAGACAAUGUCCCAGACGAGACACACAUUGAUAGAGGAUCAAUGUCUAUGCUUCCAGCAGUGACAAUGGUUAAACAGGAUACAUAUACUCAUUCUACAAAGAAUGGACAACAAGAAGAUGUUGAAAUACAAAUUGAUAGCAGUAUUUCAGAGAAUUCUAAUGUAGACACCUUAAAAGCAGAUGCUACAGAGCAACAAAGAAAGGACAUCAUGCCGGUUUCGAUAGAAUCAUACAGCUCAGCUGAGGAAGAGCUUAAGGAGAUACAGAGAGUCAGUGAAAUGGCCAUAAAAGAAACUGCUACAAAACUCUUACCUGUUAGAGCAUAUGAGAGUGUAAAACAAUACCAUGAGGACAGCAGUGAGAGUGAACAUUCCCCUCAGAUACAGAGAAGAAGAGUGAUGCCUGCUUCUUCCAGCAGUGAGGACUACAAACUAGACAGUUCAAAUUCUGGAGACGAUGAAGAGUUCAUAAGAAGACAACUUAUGCAUAUGGGUGAAGAUGAGAACUUACCAUCUGAUGAUGAAAACCAAGUCAGAGAAGAGCAACAAACACAGCAGGAAACCAGAGAGACCGAAAAAUCUGAUGAUUCCAUAAAGCAUGAACCUGCCCUAAAGAAACUUACUGUAGAACCUGAGGAGAUUUCUGAUAUCAGCCUGUCUUCUCAUUACCAAGAUGAUCAAGUUGCCCAAGUCAUCCCUGUUUCGGAAGCAUUGGAAGAAUCAAUAAUGAAAACAGACGAGUCAAAGGACAAUGAGAAUAGCACAACUGCUGACACAGCUGUUGCCAUUGCACAAAAAAAUCAUAUUAGACAGACCACAGAGGAGUAUGAGAGUCUGAUCGAAGACUUGUCCAAGGGUGAUGGGUCUUCCAGUGUUCAGGUAUCCAGCUUUACACCAGGAACAGCUUCUCCUACUUCUGUGUCUUCUAUUGAUGAAGACAGUGACAGCCCAAGUGAUAAAAAGGCAAAAGCAGAGAGUAAACAGCAAAGAAAGGCAAAACACAGACCACACGGCCAGGCUCUUCCCACUGUAGAGGACUCGUCUGACGAAGAUGAGUUACGUGAGGAGGGUGAUCAACAAAUGGAGCAGGAAGAUGAACGUGAUGAUCAGCAGCAGUUAAGAAAGGUCACGAAAAAAAUAAAGACAGAAAGAGAUGUUCUGGGGAUGCAAAGGAGACGUGAUCAUUUGACUAAAACUGAUAAAUUACAACUGGUUGCAGGGAUGGAGGAAAGCAAGUCCUCCUCUGAAUUUUCACCUAGUGUUGAAUCUGAACCAGAGGAUGCAGAAUACAGAACAUUAUCACAUGAAACGCAUGAUGCUGCAGAUAAUCCAAUCCAAUUAAAGAGUGCUGAAGAGGUAUAUGAGGAAAUGAUGGAGAAAGCACAGGAAUAUAAAACAUCAGAGAAAUGCUCACCACCUGAUAUUGAACCAUUAUAUGGAGGCAUGUUAAUAGAGGACUAUGCUUAUGAAACUUUAGUUGAGGAAAAAGACCAGGCUGCAACAGCUUUUGGUAAGGCUUAUGAGGACAUGAUGCAUAAAAGGAACACGAUCCCGCAAAAAGAAGAGGAGGCCCAGCAAACGGAUACAUCAAUGGUUGACACAUCCUUGCCACUUUAUGCCAGUGACACUUGUUAUGUGAAUAUUUCUGGAAAUGAUGCGCUUACUUCAGAUAAAAAUGCAAAGCCAAUGUUGCAAACAGAGGAUGCCUAUGAAGUGAAAACCCAAAAAGAUGUUUUAACACCAGGAUCAAGUCCAACACAAUCAACUCCUCUGUCUCCCAUCUCACCUCUGACUGUGUCUGAGUCAUCAUAUGAUUCCCCUGAGGUGAUAGUCAUCCCUUCAAGUGGGGAAGAAGACAAUAUAACUGAACCUAUUGAGUGCAUUUUGCAUCCUUACAUUACAGAGUCAACAUCUACUCAGGAUGUAUCUGUGAAUAAAGCUUUAUAUCCAAUUCCUGACUUAAAGAUCACUCAGUGCUCUUCUGGUGAAGAGGAAGUUGAAGAGGAGGACAGUGUCACACAAGAACAAAUGUCACCUGACACAAGGGAUAUUUCUCAAAGUGAAGGGCAACCUCAAACCCCAGAAGAUACAUUUGAGUCUGUUCCCAUUUCUGUGAUCUGUGAAGUUCCUUCAUCAAAAAAUGUUGUGGAGACAUCAGCAAUAUCACCACUGUCUCCUCCGACAUCCCCAGCAGUCUCAUCCCCAGAUUCAAAUAUAGACCUUUCAGCAGUACGGUCAUCAUCCUCUCCAGUUUCUGACCAGACAUCUACUCCAGCUAGCCCCAGUGUUGCUGAUGUUUCUGCCCCAGUUGUAAUUCACAUGCCAGACUUUGUGUCAGAGCAAGCUACAACGGAUGUUUCAAUUGAAACUGCUCCUACUGCAUCUUCCACACAGAUUAUUGAAUCCCCUUCACGAGAUAUUCCAGCCUCGCCACAUGUUUCAGAAAACUCUGACACUUCGACUAAAACUCCUAAAGUUCUUGUUGCAAAGCCAACAAUAGGUCCAAAACCAAACUUGGCCCCAAAACCAACAGUAAUUCCAAAGUCUACACUGGAAACAGUCCCUACUCUGGAUAGGGUUUCUUCCCAUACACAAAAACCUUUAGCUGGUGCAAUACAUGAACCAUCUCCAGUUAAAUCAGCCUCUACAGACAAACAAACUGUUGCACCAAUGACUCAUCCAAAUGUAGAGCAUGUGAAAUCCCCUACAACUACUGUUGCUACACAUAUUGUUCAAUCUCAAGAAACACCUUUAAUAGAAACGUACGUUGUUGUUCAAAUGCCAGAUCAUGCGCCCCCUGCAUUAGAGCAUCCAGUUCUAAAACAAACUUCAGUUUCAGAGUCUACAUUGCCAUUCACUUCACUCAAGAAUCCUUCAACUACCCCCAUUGUUGCCCAAAUUCCUGACCUGGUCACAUCUCCAGCACAGUCAAUCUCUGUGACUUGUCCCGUACCUUAUCAAACCUAUGUCCCACUUCCAGUGACAGUUUCAGCAGUGGAUCAAGCACCUAUUUCUGUUCCAACGUUGGUAUCAGCCUCAAUACCAGCAAAUGUGCUCUCUACAGAGCAAACCAGCUCAGUUGUUGAACAAGUGGCCACACCACCAUCUCCCUGUACCACUAUACCAGCUUUAGCAAGAGGUACUCAGCCAGUGGCCAGUGUUUCUAUUCAAAUUCCUAUUGAGAGACCAGUGAAAACCAGAUCAGACAUGGCACCCAUAUUAGGCCAAGAAGCCCCUAUUUCACCUCCAACAGAACACAGAGAGCAUAUUGCUGAAAAGACAGUCUCUGUUGUUUCUCCUACUAUUACUACAACUGUUGCUUUCGGAGCUUCAACCUCCCAACCUGUUCAAUCUAUACUGGCUGAUAUUCAGCCAAGGAUGACAGAAAUACUGCAGAAAAAUGUAUCAGAUGAUGCAAUUUCUUCACAACAAUCAGUUUCACAAAUCAUUUAUCCUGAUGUACAGACACAGGAAGAUCAAGUUGCUGUCAGAGUGCCAAAUCUUGAAAAUGUGGUGUGUAAAACAACUAUUGAAGAUGGGAGAGGCCACCCUGUUAUUGUUUGUGUUUCUCCUUUUACUUAUCCAGCCACAGUAUCAAGUUUCAUCACUGAUUCAACAGUUCCACCUUGUAUGGAAUCUGCAAAACCUUAUGUGUCUCAAGAAAGAACAGAUAGACCAGUGAUUUCAUUUCCGCCACCUCCCACAGCUUCACCACCAGAACUGCCAUAUAGGACAUUGCCUAAGGCUGAUGUUAACCAGCAUAAAACGGUUUCAACCCCAUCAUCCGUUACAGUAACUCUACCUGAACCCCUAGAAAAUAUGGCCAACAUGACUGUAAUGUCAGUUGUGACCCCAACACACAAAUCACCACCCCCGGUUCCCCCCAGACCUGUCUGUAUUCCCCCAGGACUGGUAUUUAGUCACAGGUCAAGAGAGAGUGUAAAGCCACCGGAACCAGAACCAGUAGUUGUUCAAGCAGUUCAUGCUGCAACUUUGCCAAGAACAAGAGAACCUCCAAGUGCAUUGUCACUAAGUUUGGCUGCCCCUGUAGAGACCAAGCACAGUGCUUCAUCACCCAAAUCGCCCUUGUCACCCAGAUUUGCUAGAACUCUUGAAACAUAUGUGGUGAUAACAUUACCAUCAGAACCAGGAUCACCUGUGGAGGGCAUUACAACUCAAGCACAUACGGGAAGAUCAUCACUGCCAAGUCCCAGGCAGCACGUUCCAUAUGAUGCUCCAAGAGUGUUUGCUCCAGCCAUGGUGGAUGCACCCGUGUCAUUAAUUUCAGCACAAAUUACAGCAGCCCGACCAAAGGCUAUCUCAGGUUUAAAUGCAGCAGCGCCCUGUGUGGUGAUGGGACCUGACUUUGCUUCAGUCGCAAUGGAGACUCAUAUCACUCCAGCUCUAAAUUCAACGCAAAGUAUAACAGCACCUUGUGUAACAGUUCUAGAGAUGCCACUUGCUUCUGUACAAACAUCGGUUUCAGAACCUCUUGUAGUGGCAUCAUCAGAGGUAGCACAGACUACGAAUAAUGUUACUCAUGUCUCAAUGGAGAAUACUGUGCAAUUCCCAUCUGUGAAUAUAACAUCACAUGAUGCAGCACCAGUUGUAAUGGCAUCUUCUGCUAUGAUUUCGGCAGCACCUGUUGCAGUAGCAGCAGCUCCACCCCCACCCAUUGCCAUGGAACCAACGUUCUAUCCAGCAAUGAUGUAUACCACACCUUCCAUGGGUUCUAAUCUACCCUUGCCUUCAGCCUCACCAUCAGCCAAGGUACCAGUAGCCUUAACCCCAGUGUCAGGAGUUUCUGCUGAGCCUGUUGCUCAGCAUACAGUGAGUGAUGUACAACAAGAACUUGAGAUGCAACAAAUACUAACAACAUAUUCUGUACCAAUAACAAUAACCCAGAUUCCAAUCCCAGCUCAGAAUGAGGACAUUCCUGGUUUGGAUAUGGAAGAAGUAUUAAUAGUCUCGGCUUCAGAAGAGGCAUUGACUGAUGUGGAUCCCACACCAGCUCCAAUAAAACAGCCGGAUCCCUCACUAGUUUCAAUAAAACAGAUUCAAGAGCAGCAAACAGUUUAUGAGCAAAAACAAGAAACUCAAUUAGUGACUUCUGCAAUAGCUGUGCCACCGUUACCAGUCACAUUUACCCAAUUUACGAAAUCUAUUGAGAGUCAAGAAAUACAUGGACAAGAUAAAGUUAUAUCAAGCAUGAGCCAAGUCUAUUCUGCAAUCUCAACAACUGAGCAGCAUCCUGACACAAUGCCUAAUAUUGUUACCCAAGUUGUCACAACUGAAGUGCAAAGAACAACUGUGUCAGUUGUCCAGGAGAGGAUUCCUGUCGAACCAAUACCUGAACCUGUGAUUGCUACAGUCACAGUCCAGCCAGAAGUCCAUUCUAAGCCCAAACAGAAUGGAAAAAUACACUACCCUGGUGAUGUUAUAGAUCUUACUACUUUUAAAGUCAAUGUUACAAUGACUGAUGAAGGGAUGGAUCUAACAGCCCCAGAUUCAAAUAGGUCUUCCUUGUCAAGUGAAUCAAGUGGACGACAGGUAACUGCUGUACAGCCAGAAAUUGUGAAUCUAAGUGCUGAAAUAAUCCCUACGACAACACUCUCCGUUGUUACUGAUAGCAUAACAAUUGUCACUUGCACAGCUACAAUUGCCUACAACAAUAACACAGUUGACAAGCCUCUGGACCUGGGAAAUGCUGCUUCAGGUCCACUUCCACUUACCACAUACAAUCCAUUUGAGCCACUUGCACAGAUAGUGUACAGACCUGUGAAUACUCCACCUAAGCCAACAACCAGUGCAGAUAUUCCUAUUAAUCUGUCAUACAGAGCUGUGUCAAGCACAUCUUCUCCUCUAAUGCCUGUUUCUGUAAAUGCCACUGAUGGUAUGCCAAUGCACGCAGAGCCAUCAGCGGUUGGACCUGUAGACCUCACCACUUCUAAGACAAUGAAAACCAUGGUUGCUUUGUCCUCAUCUUCUGGAGUGAUUACAACUGUUGUGGAAGAUGAUGGUACACCAGUUGAUCUUACAUCUGGAAGACAAACUGUUUGCUGUGAUGUAAUUUACAGGCUUCCUUUCACAGGAAGCUGCAGAACACAGCCACCUGUGACCACACAACCAGACAAUCAAAUUGGCUAUCAAAUUAGUAUUGCCACAACACCUGUUAUUGAAGAUCUCAGUACCAUGAAGGCUUCGAUAUCAAACAGUAAUUUCAAAGAAACUGGGCUCUUUGGGUAUGAAUUAAAGAAUGGAUUCACCUAUCAGAAUGGGGCAUCUGAGGGGGCUAUAGAUUUGACAUCAGCUAAAAUGUCAACAGAAGAGGCCUUAGACUUCUCAAAGAAAGGCACUUUGGAAUUUACCGGGAUCACCACUACUCCAUAUUCUCAAGGAACAUUGUUUGGCAUUAAUAGUUUGCUAAGAUCGACAAAUGGCAUUGUUUACUCAUCUGUUGCUGCACCUGUUCCCUCCACGUAUGCAAUUACUACCCAACCAGGUUCUAUAUUUAGCACAAUGUACAAUAGUCUGACUGGUACUACGGAGCCAUUUUCAGCACUUCAAAAUCAGCCUGCUCCAUAUGGAUUUGUGAACACCACAGGCACAGAUCAAUCAAUAUUCCCACAAUCUGACAUAGCAAAUGAUAUCCUACCUUCUGCAUUGGCCAGUCUCCUUCCCUCAUUGACUGCCUUGCCUGAGCUCUACUCAGAUGCUACACUUGAGGCAAUAGCAGCCUCCCUGGAUACACUGGUAUCACCAAAUUUCCUUGAUUUAGAUGACAGCAAAAGCCAACAGUACAAGGCUGAACAUGAGUUUUUACAAUUAGAAAAGUUGAAGCAACUGUGUCUAGCUGAAGAGCUUGAAUGGGAGAGGCACGAGAUACAGCGUUACCGUGAACAAGAGCAGAUCAUUGUUCAGAAGGAGCUGGAGGAGCUUCAGAACAUGAAACAGCAACUUCUAAUGCAGAAAGAAGAGGAACGCAAGGCCCAUCUGAUUCUUCAACAAGAAACCUUUGCACAGCAGCAACUUCAGUUAGAGCAAAUCCAUCGAUUACAGCAGCAACUCCAGCAACAACUAGAAGAGCAAAAGAUACACCCAUAUGGGUUUAGGCCAAGUGAGGGUAUUUCACCACCCAUGAGCUCAGACAUUAUUCUUGACUCGAAAUAUUCUGGGGGAGAUAAUGGGCAGUACUGGCCAGUGAAGGAUGACAACUCAAUGUCAUCGGCAGUGUCCACCCAUGACUCUAGAUCAGGUCAAAACUGGCUAACAACUUCUGGGGCUUUUACACAGUAUAGUUCAAACACUCCUGUAUCAGUGAGUGCACAGACAAAGGAGAAGUUGCAGUUGUCCACAAACCUGCCAGAAACAACCAGACAAGAGCAAAGUGUAGAGUUAAGUGGUAAGAAAUUGGUUGAGAGUGGUGUCCAAACGGAUGAUGAAGAUUGUGUUGAGAAGAUUCCUUCUGGUAGAAGGAGAAGAAGUAGGAGAAGCGUAGAUAGCUGUGUGCAAACUGAUGAUGAAGAUCAGGAUGAAUGGGACGUCCCCAUUAGGAGCAGACGCAGGUCUCGUUCCAGCAGAUAUGUUGAUGGAGAGAAGGGUAAAAGCUCCAAGGUUUCAAGUAUUGCAAUUCAGACUGUAGCAGAGAUUUCGGUACAGACAGAGCAUUCAGGGACAAUUAGGAGAUCCCCUGUUCGGGCUCAGGUGGACACACAGGUAGAUUUACACAGAGACGGUCAAACCGAAAGCGAUUCAGAUAUUACAUCAGACAGGGAUAAAAUAUGUCAAACGCCUGCUGUGAUAAGUGUUAGCACACACCUGACAGCUGAUGGUGUUGGAAGCUUGUCAGUUACCAAAUCUCCAAAGGUAUUAUCCUCCCCACUUUCACCAGUGUCCCCUGGGAAAAGUUCACAGAAGAUGCUUACUGCUGAUUCAUCAAGGCUUCUCAGUAGUCCAAGAUCACUAAGGGCCUCACAACGAUCUCUGUCUGACCCCAAGUCACUCAUUCCGACAACCGAGGACAGAAUGAUGUACCAGUACUCAGACACCUAUUCAAGCAAAGGUUCACAGAGUGGCACACCAGUUGGCACUCAGAAGAAAGUAAAACGCACACUACCUCAUCCACCACCGGAAGAAGAUACCAUCAUUGGGCUAUCGGAGUACACCACAGCUUCUGCCAGAAGGCGAAUGUGCAGGAACACCACUAUGGCACGGGCCAAAAUCCUUCAAGACAUAGACAAGGAGCUGGAUUUAGUUGAACGUGAGUCCUCAAAACUUCGUAAGAUACAGGCAGAACUUGAUGAGGAGGAGAAAGAGAUAGAUGCUAAAUUGAGAUAUCUGGAGAUGGGUAUAAAUCGAAGGAAAGAGGCUUUACUGAAAGAGAGAGAGAAGAGGGAGAGAGCCUACUUACAAGGAGUGGCAGAAGAGCGAGACUACAUGUCAGAUAGUGAGGUCAGCAACAUCAGAGAGGCACGAGGUAAUGGUCAUGGACUAGAACGGCCACGGACUGCCCCACAGUCAGAGUUUAACCAGUUCAUCCCACCACAGACUGAGGCUGAGUCCCAGUAUGCACAGCUUACAAGCCCAUACUCCCAUUAUCAAUAUGCAUCCCAAACAAGUCAGUAUCCUCAGCAGACGUUGUACCAGCAGCAGUCUCUUUACCAUCAGCAGGUAUCCCCCUACCAAUCCAUCUACUCAUCAGUCCCCUCUCUCAAUCAGCAGUCCCAGCAGACUGGCUAUGACCAUUCCUCACUCCUUCUGAUGCAACAGAAACCCCGUCAGACUACUUUGUCUGACUUAGAGCCAAAGAUAACGACAAACUAUGAGGUUGUACGCAACCAGCCCCUCCUAAUUGUCCCUACAUCCACAGAGAGUGUCUAUGGAGUUUCCCACCUCGGUGGUAAAUACAGUAGCCUUGAUCUGAGGAUGGGCCUGGAAGAGAGAGCCAGCAUGGCCAGCAGCCCCAUGUCCAGCAUAUCAGCAGAGUCCUUCUACGCAGACCUCGAUCAUCACAAUGCCAGGAACUAUGUCCUGAUUGAUGACAUCGGUGAACUCACAAAGAGCUCAGCGGGCCUGAGUUCAAGCUUCAGUAUCGCAGACAAGGAUAUCAGCAAAGCGGACAGACUUCUCCGGACUGCAGAUGUCCGUCGAAAUGCAGAUGUGGCAGACUUUCUUGCUCCCCUUCAGGCUUCUUCCCGACUGCAUUCGUAUGGUAAAGCUGACGAGGAGUCCAUGGAGGAGCCAUAUGAAUUAAAGAUGUUGAAACAGCAAAUUAAGCAGGAGUUCAGAAGAGGUACAGAUAGCCUUGAACAGCUUGCCGGUCUGCCUCACUACCUGCACUCUGACACCAGUUUUAGACAUUUCCCUAAAGCUGAAAAAUACAGCAUUGGGAGACUAACUUUGGAAAAGCAGGCUGCCAAGCAACUGCCUGCCUCCGUUCUUUACCAAAAACAGUUAAAGAAUAAAAAAGCUCUAAUUGACCCUAAAAUUAAGUUUUCACCCAUUCAAGAGAGCAGGGACCUUGAACUCGACUACAGCAGCUAUUUGGCCUCAGCCAGCUCAUCAGUUGGUGGACUGUCUGCCAGAGCAAGGCUGCUACAGGAUGAGAUCACAUUUGGUCUUAGGAAGAACCUAGUGGAGCAACAGAAAUAUUUGGGUUCAGCUCUUAAUCCUAACCUGGCUCAGUCCCUCAACUUUGGUCAAUCGCUCAACCUAGGACCUAGCAUAAGGUCUUCCCUCCAUGAUGAUGGCACUUAUCCCAGUGGCACUCGUUCAAGACCUUCCUCUAGGCCUUCCUCUGUAUAUGGACUGGACCUAUCUAUCAAAAGAGACUUAUCAAACUCCUCUCUACGCCUGAAAACAGAGGGCGAGUGCAUGGAUUCACAGUUUGUAUCUAGGGCUAAACCAACAAGUCUGCCAAUUAGUCAGAGCAGGGGUCGGAUUCCCAUUGUUGCACAAAACUCGGAAGAAGAGAGUCCAUUGAGUCCUGUCGGUCAGCCCAUGGGCAUGGCCAGAGCAUCUGCAGGCCCACUUCCACCCAUCUCGGCAGACUCAAGGGACCAGUUUGGCUCCAGUCAUUCUCUUCCAGAAGUCCAACAGCACAUGAGAGAGGAGUCCAGGACAAGUGGCUAUGAACGAGACAUUGCCUUUAUAAAGGAUGACCUUCAGGGGGCCAUGUCAGAUAGUGAAGCUGGAGGUCCUAGCUGGAAUGUGAAAGCAUAUCACCUUCAGCAUGAAGAGACUGACUGGUUUGACAAACCCUGCCAGGGACGUGGUGGAACAGAAGCCGGGCCAGACAGAAGACAGAUAAAAGGCAGCUAUUACCCUUUCCCACACACUCACAUCAAACUGCAACGGGACCCAAAGGACCACAGCAUCUCAGGGAGAGGGCUGGGAAUCAGAGUUGUGGGCGGAAAAGAGAUUCCAGGGACCAACGGAGAGAUCGGAGCCUACAUCGCCAAGGUUUCACCCGGAGGAUGGGCCGAGCAGACAGGAAAAGUUGUUGAAGGAAUGCAGGUUAUGGAGUGGAAUGGAAUCUCUCUGCUGGGAAAGACAUAUGAAGAGGUGCAAAGCAUUAUGGGUCAACAGUAUGGAGAGGCAGAAAUAUGUGUGCGCCUGGACCUAAACAUGCUCUCGAACACAGAUCACCCACAACAAUUGGAUCUCCAUAAUCAGCAGAGAGCUGGUGAGCGUCAGCGCUCUCCAGGUGUAGACCCAAAGCAGCUGGCUGCAGAGUUGCAGAAGGUGUCCCAGCAGCAGGCUCCUGUCUCAGUGCUCUCUGCUCUGGAGAGAGCGGGACACUUGCACUCUGGCACCGGAUCUGCCGCUUCCAGUGGAGUCCCUAGCCCUGGACAACCCGGAUCCCCUUCCGUCAACAAGAAGCGCCAUGGUAGCAAGUCAGCAGAGGUUCUGAAGCCACAACCGCAUCCAAUCACUGGUGAAAUACAACUUCAAAUCAACUAUGACAGGAAUAUGGGCAACCUGAUUGUUCAUGUGCUGCAAGCAAGAAACCUUGCUCCUAGAGAAAACAAUGGAUACACAGACCCUUUCGUUAAGGUCUAUCUCUUGCCAGGGAGAGGACAAGUCAUGGUUGUCCAGAACGCAAGUGCUGAGAACAAGAGAAGGACUAAAUAUAUCCAGAAAACUCAGAACCCAGAGUGGAACCAGACCGUCAUUUAUAAAAAUAUCCUUCUGGAGCAGCUGAAGAAGAAAACUUUGGAGGUUACUGUGUGGGAUUAUGACAGAUAUUCCUCAAAUGAUUUCCUGGGAGAAGUGCUCAUUGAUCUUUCAAACACGACUCAGCUGGAUAACACACCUCGCUGGCACCCCCUAAAGGAGCAAAGCGAGAGUAUUCAACAUGGAAGGACCCACCCUCCACAGGGGCCCGGUGGCUCUGGGGGACUUGGAGGCCCUGGAGGGUCAGGAGGUUCUGGAGGUCAAGGAGGGCAACCGGAGAACCACCAGUCCCCUAAAACCUCCGUCAUCAAAAGCCGCAGUCAUGGCAUUUUCCCUGAUCCUGCUAAAGACACACAAGUCCCUACAAUAGAAAAGUCUCACAGUAGUCCCGGGAGCUCCAAAUCUUCCUCUGAGGGUCACUUGCGCUCCCACGGCCCCUCACGCAGCCAGAGUAAAGGCAGCGUCACCCAAGCACACCUGGAAGAAGCCGGGAACGCCAUCGCUGCAGCCGAGGCUGCGGUGCAACAGGCCCGACUCCAGCCAAAUAAAUCAAACCACAGAAUGAUUGAUGGGGAUGGAUACACCCUGGACAGUGAAGAUGGCAUGGCCACUAAUGCUUUGGACAGCGCCAUAUUUCAGGUCCCCCAGCUGAAAAACAUUCCUAAUGGGACAGAUAAAAGCAAAGGAGUUGAUUCUUUGAACCUGCCAGAUUCGGAAGGUAAGAUGAUGGGUGAGAUCAAGGUUGCAUUGAAGAAAGAGAUGAAGACUGAAGGAGAGCAGUUGGUUCUUGAGAUCCUGCAGUGUAGAAACAUCACCUACAAGUUCAAAUCUCCAGACCACCUACCCGACUUGUAUGUAAAACUUUAUGUGGUGAAUGUGGCAACUCAAAAGAAGAUCAUAAAGAAGAAGACCCGAGUGUGUCGCCAUGACAGAGAGCCGUCAUUCAAUGAGACAUUUCGUUUUAACCUGAAUCCUGUUGGUCACUCUAUUCAGAUGUUUCUGGUGUCAAAUGGAGGGAAGUUUAUGAAGAAGACCCUGAUUGGUGAGGCCUACAUCUGGCUGGACAAAGUGGACAUGCGUAAGCGGGCGGUCAGCUGGCACAAGCUAGUGGCCACCACCAAUCAAACACAGCCAUAAUCAGAUGCCCAUCCAUCUCCCAUCUUUGCCCUCCAAAAAAAUAAGAAGAACUAAAACAGGAAAUGGUGAGUUUGGGAAUCUGGAAUGGCUGACAGGUGAUGGAAAGAUAAAAUCAAGGUGAAGAAAUAAACUGACUACUGCGUCGAACAGUCUGCAGGGUGAGACUGCUGGUUUUCUAACUGAAAACUGUGCUCCAAAUUCCCAACCAUUCCCAAUAAGGAUAUGGAAAUCCAUUUCCACUCCCCAUGCACUGUGGUUGUCUUUUUGCAACUACAUUCUACAUCUAAAAUAUCUUAGGCAUGAGCCAAUCAUUACUUGAGAUUUUCUACAUUUCAAUGCCAUUUUAGCUGUCAUCACAUGUUCAGUCAUAUUUCUCAAAGAAAAAAAAAACAUUUACAUGGAUAUAAACGUAGCAUAAUUUAAAGUUUUUGACACAAUCAUGUGAUAUAUAAUGACCAUAUCAGACUAUGUUAUGCACUGUAUGGAGAUUAUACUGUAAGGAAGAAAGACAAUCGUAAAUAUAAUGGAUUUCCCUUUUUGAAUGCAGCAUCCAAACGCACACAAUUUAAGAUUCCUCUGUUUAUAUUGUCUUGAGUGUCGUCUUCAACGUUUAGGGAAUUUUAAAAACUUCAGACUGACGUCAGCAGUUGGAUACGGAUGGCUCAUUGAAGUUGAGAUGAUUUUCACACAACCUUCUUGAUGUUUGUUGGAUGCUAAAUGAGGGCGUACUUUGUUUUUUAGCAUCCCAAGCCCUCAAAUUAGGUUCUCUGAAGUUAAAGGGCAUCCAGUCUCUGUCCAGAACUAUGAUUGUACGUGUCCCUGAUAUGUGUUUGUUUUAUGAAGAGCAUCUUGAAGUAAAUGUCAUGUUAGUGAUCUGAUGUUGUCAUCAAUAGUCUCCGUUUUGUGACCAAGUUGUAUGUGGCAUCCAAAUAUGCAACGGGGAAAAAAAAUAAUAAUAAUAAUGAACGUAUACCUUUUUGGCAUUUAUAUAAGGGUUCUGGCUCAAUUGGCUUGACUAAAAUCCAGAUGUAAUGUUAGUUGUUUAUUUAAAUGGUGCAAUUCUGUCUGUCUUUUGUCACGUGUCACUGUUCCAUGGUGGUACACUUUUUAAUAUUGUUAAGUUCAUCUGGUCAUGUCAGUUUAGCUAUGAAGGAUGGUUAUUUUUUCAUUAUGAUCACUGCCUCUGCACCAUAUCAGUGUAUAGAUACACUAGUAUGUGCCAUUGAUGGAUUAAGGCACAUGUUUUUGUCUGUCUAGGUCCUAAAACCACAAGUCAGUAAUUUUCUAACUUAACGGUCAGUGUUUCCAAGAUCAAUAUAUCAGUGGACAUGUCUCACACAUUUUAUAACCUGGCUAAUAAAACAUACUCCAACAUUUCCAUUUUAUUUAAUCUACAUCUUGCACAAGUGGUGCACAGAUGUACCUGAGUAAAAGGUUGAUGUCAUAGUGAGAUAAACUAUUGUGUGCCAACCUGAUGUUUUAACCAAACCACUGGUUCUGUUUGGGUAAAUCUAUGCAACAUGGAUUAUGUUCUUUGAAUGCAUAUACCUUAACAUGCGGCAUCCGGCGAGUCUGAAUAUAUGUAUAUCUGUUAAAGAAAACAAGACAUAAAUUAUAUGAAUAUUGUAUAGUGUUUAUUUUUAUUUAUUUAUUUUUACUUACUCUUUAUGGCACAGUACAUAUUAAUGCACUUUACGUUCGUGUUUUCAUAGGUUUCCAAAUGUCAUCAUAAAUAAUGACAAAAGAAAUAUGCUGACAUACCAUAAAAAUUGGUAAAAAAUAAUCUGUGCAUAUUUUAAACAUCACAUUGCAUAUUUUAUAUUGCGUAUACUUAUGAUGGCCAAUCAAAACCUGUCAUUGUCAUAAACUUUUCACCUAUAGCAUCACACCUUUCAAAGUUUUUUUCUUCAGUUGUUCCCUUUAAGCAAGCGCAUAUCAUUUUUUGACUACUAAAAAUGAUCUUCUAUUCUUAUAUUACCCAAUUUCUUUUAAAAUGACGAUGCGUUUGAUGAAUUCAGUUGCCGUAAACAGUGUGAAUGUGAUUUUUUUUUUUUUUUUUUUUUUUUUUUUUUGGUUUGUAAAUAUAUAGGAUAUUUUCUAUGAAAAAAAGUGAAUAUUUAUUUGGUCUGACGUUGAGCAUGUGAUUGUGAUCAAGGUCAAACUCUGUCUGUACAUACUGUAUUUGUCUAAAUGUGUAAGAAAGUAAUAUCUGAAUUGGUUUAAAAUCAUGUGUUCGAUCAACCCAUUCCAACCUGUUUGAUGAAAUCAACAGCAUCUCUCAGAUUGAAAACGGUAAGGUUUAAAAAACAAAAAGAAGAAAAAAUGGAAAAAAAGACAACACAAAAUUUCCUGUAAAAUUGAAUGUUGUCCAAGAGUUUCUAUGUUUUUACAUAGAUGUUGCAUGUUUUGUUAGAUGUUUGUUGAUAUAUUUUGCCUCCAGAUUCAGUUUAAAAAGAGAGAAAAAUUGAACACAUCACCUGAAGUUGUAUGCGGACUGUAAAAAUGCUUGUAAAAUGAGUCUUGUUUUUCACUUCGUGUAAAAAAAAAAAGUAGAAAAAAACUCUAAUGUUAUGGUUUUGUGGUUGUCCACAGGAUGUCAUGAAAUUAUGCAAAUUGUGCAGUAGAGAAAAGAUAAUAUAUGAAAAAUAAGAAAAAUAUAAAAAAAAACUUUCUCCCUGCGUCCAAAUAAUAAAGAAUAGAUUCUAUUUCAAA